UCAAAGAACUUGAAGUAGUCUAACCUGUAACAGCAUGACAGCAUGUGAUUAUGAAAUCUACCGCUAGAGGACGGUGAUUGGGCUUCGGUUCUGAGUCUGGCGAUGAUGUAAAGAACAAGAACAUCCCGGAUAUCGCGUUUUAGGAAGUUUAGUUAGUCAUAUCAGAGGCUCUGGUCAUAUGACAGCAAAGCAGCGAGCGGUGUGAUAACUACAAGAGAAUGGUUUUCCGUGAUCUGAACUGAACACACGGGGAGGAAAAGAAUGAAUUUGUUGUGCAAAUAAGAAACGGGAGGACUUUUUUGCUCCACAUGUGAAAGAGAAGAGUAUGGAGAAUGAUGAAUUUCCGUCAGCGGAUGGGCUGGAUCGGAGUGGGACUUUACCUGCUAGCCAGUGUGGCUGCUGUGUAUUAUGUGUUUGAGAUCAACCAGACUUAUAAUCACCUCACACUGGCUCUUGUGGAGAAGGCACCAGUGGUUCAAACCCCUCUGCCAGGGGACCAUGCGGGGGUGGCUACCCCAGGGUCCUCAUCCUCCUCGGUCCCAUGGCUCCAGAGUUUGAAGACCCGUCUGCUGCUCCUGCCGUUCUGGGUGUGGGCUGUCCUCUUCCUGCUCCCCUACAUCCAGGUGUUCCUCUUCCUGUACUCUUGCACCCGCGCUGACCCCAAGACAGUGGGCUACUGCAUUCUGCCCAUAUGCAUUGCAGUGCUGUGCAAUCGUCACCAAACUUUCACCAAGGCAUCCAAUCAGAUCAGCAGACUGCAGCUGAUUGACACCUAAGAGGCUCACUGAUGGGG